CGAGACUGCACGCAGCGUGAGUGCUAUGUUCGACGAAUAUGUUGAGCACGCUGCCUCGUCACCCUCUGGCGCGCUAGCGCACCCUACAUCCCUUCCCAAGCUACAAUACCAAGGGUUCGAACCUCAACCUGAGAACGUGGAAGAUGUCCCUCCAGAAUCUUCAGAAUCAGCCAUUGCCGAUGCCCCCAUCUUCGACUUGGGACAGGUGCAAUGUACAAUAAACGCUCCCCUUGUGUCCCUGGUCGUGUGUUCCGACAUGCUAGUUAUGGGUUUAGCCUCAAACAUGCUUAUUAUAAUCGAGCUGUCUCAUGCGACGCAGGUCAUUCAGAUCCAAGUACCCCGAAAACCCAAUCUCGAGAUGACACUGUACAAAAUUUUCAUGGAUCCUUCUGGUCGGCACAUUAUCAUCACCUCUUUGCAAGGAGAGAAUUGGUAUCUCUAUCGAACGUGGAAGAAACCCAGACAGUUGAAGACUUUCAAGAUGGUUAUAGAAAGCGUGGCAUGGAACAAGACAGCGUUACUCUCUACCUCCCAACCCACCUCUACCCGAGAAAUCCUGAUCGGUGCACGGAAUGGCAUCAUAUACGAAGCGGUUCUGAAUGCCGAAGAGGACUUCUUCAAGUCGCAAGAGAGGUACCUUCAACCGGUUCUCCACCUUCCAGAAAAGCAGCCUAUCACCGGUCUCAAAUAUGAUCUGUUCCCUUCGUCCGAAGCUACGAAAAUUCUGGUGGUAGUCACCACUCCGUCGAGAAUGUACCAGUUUGGUGGAAUCCCAGACCGUAAAUCGGACGAUGCCGGACGUGUUUUUACUGGCUUGUUCGCCAACUCGAAGGAUCCAAAAAUCUUGGAAUUACCGGGAACGAACCAGUACUCAGAAUUGCACUAUUACACACCGAACGCCGACCAAGCAUCCUCUUUACCCAGAUCCCUUGCUUGGAUGACAGGUCCUGGAAUAUAUCACGGAAAUUUGAACUUUGAGUCAAAUUCAGAUGAUCUCAUCGAUUCUGCGGAUGUCUUGCUCUAUCCGGCACCGUCUUCUGAAUUUCCGAUAUCGAUAGCUCUCACGGAAUUCCAUUACGUUUUGCUAUACAAGGAUAGAUUGGUUGGCGUUUGCAGUCUUGAUGAUAAAACUGUUUACGAGGAGCCUCUCCCCUUGAAGCGAGACGAGGAGGUGCGGGGGAUCACAGCCGAUCCGGUGCGCAAGACAUACUGGGCGUAUACAGAUCAGUCUAUCUUCGAGUUAUUGGUUGGAAACGAAGACCGUGACGUUUGGAAGGUUUAUCUGGCGAAGAAACAGUUCGAAGUUGCCUUGCAAUAUUCUAAGACAGCUAGUCAACGGAAUAGUAUCUUGUCAGCACAAGCCAAUAACCUUUUCUCUGAUCGUCGAUAUUUCCAAGCCGCUCAGGCGUAUUCUCAAUGUUCGGUGUCAUUUGAAGAGGUCGUGCUCAAGUUUAUGGAUGUUGGUGAACGGGAUGCGUUAAGAUCCUAUCUGAUUUCGCGCCUGGAGAGGACCCGCAAAACUGAUUUAACCCAGCGAAUGAUGCUGGCUACCUGGCUGGUGGAAUUCUAUCUUACCGAAUGCAACAGAUUAGAUGAUGUUGUUGCGUCAGAGUCCGUCUCACAAGACAUUGAGAAUGUUUUAGCAAACAGGACUAUGUUGGAAGACGAUCUUCGGCACUUUUUCGAGACGUACCAAAAAAAUCUUGAUCCCAAGACAACUUAUGAGCUCAUACAAGGGCAUGGCAGGACGGAUAUGUAUCUUCACUAUGCAACAGUCAUUGGUGACUUUGAACGAGUCAUUGACCACUGGAUUCUUGAAGAAGAAUGGUCCAACGCGAUCGGCGUGUUGAACCGACAAUCAGAUAUUGAGCUGUAUUAUCGCUUUGCAGCAGUCCUACUACGACAAUCACCCAAGGAAAUGGUCGACUCGUGGCUUAAGCAGAAAGCUUUGGACCCGUUACGUCUCAUACCAGCGUUAUUACAGCUUCAACGUGGGCCCCGCGAUCCCUUGUCCCCUAAUCAAGCCAUCAGGUACUUGAACGACGUCGUCUUCGAGCAACACAAUACUUCCACCACCAUACAUAACCUUUUGAUAACCUUCCACGUCUCACCUUCCUCCUCCUUGUCCAGUUCGACAGUUGUGGAUGACGGUCCUCUCCUCAAGUUUUUAUCAACAGCACCUAUUGAUCCAUUGACGAAUAAACCAUAUUACGAUCUGGACUACGCGUUGCGGUUGUGCAAACAGUCAGGGCGAACCCAACCCUGUGUUCACAUCUAUUCCAAGAUGGGUCUCUAUGAGAACAGCGUUGAUCUCGCCCUUGAGAAAGGCGAUCUCGAACUCGCUAAGAUCAACGCCGACAAACCAGAAGACGAUCAACCACUCAGGAAGAAACUUUGGCUCAAGAUUGCACGCUAUGUUGUGCAGGAUAAAAGAGAUAUCAAGACUGCUAUGCAUUUCUUGGAGGACACAGAUCUCUUGAAGAUUGAGGAUAUAUUACCGUUCUUCCCCGAUUUCGUGGUCAUUGAUGAUUUCAAAGAAGAGAUCGCGCAUGCACUGGAAGGCUAUUCGUCUCAUAUCGACAAUCUAAAGAGCGAAAUGGACGAAGCUACUCGGACCGCAGAGUCAAUCCAGCAGGAUAUAGCAGCUCUACGAAAUCGCUUUGUUACAAUUGAUGCAGGCGAAACUUGUUCAUCCUGUUCGCAUCUUUUAUUGACCCGGCAAUUCUAUGUCUUCCCAUGUCGGCACAACUUCCAUGCAGACUGCCUCAUUGGAUUGGCAAAAGAAUAUCUGCCAGCCCAUUCAUUACGCCGCAUCUUAGCACUGCAAACUGAGUUGGUGAAAGGGAAUCCCAGUUCACUUUCUGUUGCAAAUAUCACGGCGCCGUCGGUAGCAGUCUCACAGGGUCGGCAACCGCAGUCGCAACGCACCCUGCUCUCUUCAAAUUUUACCUCUUUGGCCAACCCUUUACAAAAUGGGACCAGAGCUGCCAAUCUUCUCGGUCGAAACAUUCUUUCUGCCGGAGAUCGCUUACGAGAUCUAAUCAUCCCUGACGCUUUGGCAGCUGUGAUUUCUACACCGACUUGGAUACCAGGGAUAGGAGGUAACAAACGAAGCGGAGUCGAGUCGGACAAUCGACAGAAAGUUGAAAAGCUGAAGGCCGAAUUGGAUGAGGUUUUGGCGGGCAGCUGUCCGCUUUGCGAGAGUGUGAUUGUUGGACUGGAUAAGCCAUUUGUGAAGGAGGACGAAGUAGAUACCACAUGGGCGUUGUGA